AUGGGAGAGUACUCGAAAGCACUUUCAUCACACGAAAAAGCACUUGAAAGUGAACAACAAACUCUUCCUUCAAAUCAUCCUGAUUUGGCUACUUCAUACUGCAACAUCGGUUUAGUGUAUAACAACAUGGGAGAGUAUUCGAAAGCACUUUCAUCACACGAAAAGGCACUUGAAAUUCAACAAAAAGCGCUUCCUUCAAACCAUCCUCGUUUGGCUACUUUGUAUAGCAACAUCGGUGGUGUGUAUGACAACAUGGGAGAGUACUCGAAAGCCCUUUCAUCAUACGAAAAAGCACUUGGAAUUAAACAAAAAGCGCUUCCUUCAAGUCAUCCUCAUUUGGCUACUUUAUACAGCAACAUCGGUUUGGUGUAUAACAACAUGGGAGAGUAUUCGAAAGCACUUUCAUCACACGAAAAAGCACUUGAAAUCUAUCAGAAAAGUCAUCCCUCAAACCAUCCUUCAUUGGCUACUUCAUACUGCAACAUCGGUGGAGUGUAUUACAAUAUGGGAGAGUACUCGAAAGCACUUUCAUCACACGAAAAAGCACUUGAGAUCUAUCAAAAAGCGCUUCCUUCAAAUCAUCCUUUAUUGGCUACUUCAUACGGCAACAUCGGUUGUGUGUAUGACAACAUGGGAGAGUAUCCAAAAGCACUUUCACCAUACGAAAAGGCACUUGAGAUCUAUCAAAAAACUCUUCCUUCAAACCAUCCUCGUUUGGCUACUUUAUACAACAACAUCGGUUGUGUGUAUGACAACAUGGGAGAGUACUCGAAAGCACUUUCAUUUUACGAAAAAGCACUUGGAAUUAAACAAAAUGCGCUUCCUCCAAAUCAUUUUGAUUUGGCUACUUCAUACUGCAACAUCGGUGUACAAAUGCAUCCAAAAGUUGAUUAA